AUGGAGAGAGUUUGGAGUUAUUUUAACUUGCCCAGGACGGCUCAGGAAACCGUGACGAUAAUGAGAGAUUGUGGAUUAUUGCCACAAUCUCUUAAUUGUCCGAUUCAUCGGAGAAGAGCCAUGACGCUCUACAACGAUGGGAGUUGUGGGAAAUUCCGGUGCACCAAAAAUAGAUGCGGAAAAUCUUUAUCUGGUGCUACCGGAUCCUUUUUUGCCGAGUGCAAAUUGGAGAUGCACGUUGUGUUUGCCUUGAUGUAUUUCUUCACGGAGGAUAUGCCAUAUGAGAGGGUGAUGCAUCACAUUGGAGUUCUGAAAAAUUCUUCUGACCCCAAUGAGAAGAUAAGUUCUAGCACCAUAGCGGCAUGGUAUGAUUUUGCAAUAAUAAAUUAA